AUGAUAUUUAGUAUUUAGUUAUUAUAAGGGUACAAUGAAGGCUAUAUUCGUUUUGGGACUUUGUUUGAGCGCUGUAUUGGCUUUGCCUGCGCGCGAUGAUGACAACGACGAUCAACUUGAUCAAGACAGUCGGAGAAGACUAAAAAGCGUUAGCAUAAAGCUUGUCGAUGACCAUGCUGAUGACAAAUUGGACGCUCCAAGUAACGAUCAUAUAGACCCAAGAUAUUAUUAUAGAAAUGACGACAGCAGCGAUAAAUCAAAGUCAAGGUAUUAUUAUAGAAAUGACGACAGCAGCGAAAAAGGAAAGUCAAGCUAUUAUUAUAGAAAUGGCGAUAGCAGCGAAAAUGGAAAGGCAAGAUAUUAUUAUAGAAAUGACGACAGCAGCGAUAACUCAGAGGCAAGAUAUUAUUAUAGAAAUGAUGACAGCAGUGAUAAAGCAAAGUCAAGCUAUUAUUAUAGAAAUGACGACAGCAGCGAUAAUUCAAAGGACAGCCAUAGGAAUGACAGCGACAAUCCCCUGAGAUACAGAUACAGAAGUUACAGCUAUAGAGAUGACGAUGUUGAUGAACCUUUGAGAACAUCGGACUUGGACGUGUUGGCGAAGGAAUUAGAUCGCCUGGCUACUAUAUAUAGAGGGCAAGGCGUAUUAAAGGUUUCCUACGUGCCGCCUCAUGUUCGAGAUCCUCUUUAUAGCAGCAGCUACAAUCUGGGAAGCUUGAACUUCAAAUACUAUGGACCUAAUUAUCCCUACGAUUACUACCGGGACAAUUUAGAGAAUCGUCCAGUGAUUGUACCAUACGCUGAAAAAGUCCAAGAUCAUGAUAAGAAGCCGAGAAAAACCCACCUUCGUGAUGACGUCACUGAAAGUUAUUACCAAUACGAUAAAUAAAUUUGAAGUCCUUCCAUGACAUUAUCUCCACACGAACCUGGCCACUUCAUUGUUGAUUUUACUAAAUUAAUAAAGUUAUUUAAAUUGCAAGCAGUA